AUGAACUCGGUUGAAGUCCAAGGACCGCAAGAACCGCCGAAAAAAAAGCGACGAUUUUUUGUAGACGACUCCCCUACAGCUGAGAAGUCCGAUUUCAUUGAUGAUCUACCGCCACCAACCAACGGUUCAGUCAGGUCAUCAGACGCGAGCCUUUCAAGGUCUCAUACGGAAGAACAACAGCUGAAAUCCAAUCGUGCGAGUAUUAGCGCGCCUGAAAAUGGUGUCGACAUUCGGUACGAAGGCCCAUCUGGCUUUGACAAGGAAACAUUCGAGACUUUUGUUGGUACGCCAAUCGAGGCAAGCACGCUCCAGAGAUUACGCGAAGUGUCUGGCGACAACAUGGAGCGCGCUAUCAACAUGUAUCUAGAUGGUUCUUGGGCAUCCGCCGCUAUAUCGCCACAGCGACAUGCUUCGAGCACGAUUCCAGACGCUUUCAAGCGCUGCCCGAAGAGCAGUGUUCCAAAGCCUGUGGCUAGGGACAUUGAAAGAUCAAGAACAUUGAGAAAACAGGAGACUCUACAAGCAAUGCCAGAGUAUAGAUAUGUGGGUGCGUUCGGCGUUGGAGCUUGGGCUACACGAAGUGGGACUGGACUUGUGAAGCUUGGGGAAAGCGUAAAUAUUGAGCGAUCAAAGAUCAAGACAGCGGUCAAGAUUGGCCGCGGUGGUAAGGCUAUACAACUAUCGAAGGUCAGCGCUGCCAGACAGAGGGCUGACAUCGUAGUGCGAUUUACCAAUGCUAGAGGCGAUGAAGUAGGGAGGUUGCCUAGAGAAACAGCAUAUUGGGUAUCUACGUUGAUGGACCAGAAAAUAUGUCGUUUCGAUGGUACUUGCUUCUUUGCGCCUGACCAAAUUCGGGUCAAUGAUACUUUGGAACUGCAGUUGCGAUGUUCGCUGCUGAAGUCAGCUUUUGAAUCAAGCGCCUUUAUUAAACCUCAGGACGCGAAUCGUACCACUGGAAUUUUUGAAGAGAACGAGACAUCCGAAGAGCAAAGUCUCCGAUUGAGGCAAGUUGCACUGGUCAAACUAUUUAACGAAAUUAAUCUACACCCAACAACCGCCAACGAUACCACGGCAAAACACAAGAGGGAGGGGAUCCUUCAAGCUGCUGAGAUUGCUGAACAAAACGACAAAGACAAAGACAGUAAAAAGAUUUCAGGAACUCAAGAUGGUACUUCGACGCCGCCAGAUGAGGAACAAGAAGAAGGUAAAGAAUUGGAGCAGGACCAGCUCGACAGUCUGUACAAGAAAGCUCAAUCAUUUGAUUUUGAUACUCCUGUCAAAGAACCAGCAGAAACUUUUGUAAUGGAUCUCAGAAAGUAUCAAAAGCAAGCGUUACACUGGAUGAUAAGUAAGGAGCGAGACGAGAGAUCAGAGAAGGAGGUUUCCAUGCAUCCUCUGUGGGAAGAUUAUACCUGGCCCUCGAAGGAUAUGGAGGGAUAUGAAUUACCAAUUGUAUCGAACCAAGAUCAUUUCUAUGUCAAUCCAUAUUCAGGUGAAAUGUCUCUCGAAUUUCCCAUUCAGGAACAGCACUGCCUUGGUGGCAUUCUGGCCGACGAAAUGGGCCUUGGAAAGACGAUUGAGAUGUUGAGCCUGAUGCAUACCAAUCGUUCUGAUAGAGCAAUUCAGGCAUCCGAUGCAGGCCUAUCUUCAAUUGACGAUUUGCCAAGGCUUCCAAAGGUAUCGUCCUCUACAGUCCUUGCGCCGUGCACCACAUUGGUGGUUGCCCCUAUGUCCUUACUGGCCCAGUGGGAAAGCGAGGCCGCAAAAGCCUCCGUGACUGGGAGCUUGAAGACACUGGUGUACUAUGGAUCAGAUAAAGUCGCUAAUUUGCAAAACCUAUGCUGCGAAGCUAACGCCGCAUCUGCCCCAAAUUUGAUCAUCACAAGCUAUGGUAUCAUUCUAUCGGAAUUCAACCAAGUUGCGUCUAGAGGGGGCGAUCGCGGCUCUCACGGUGGGCUUUUCUCUCUGGACCUCUUCCGCAUAAUACUUGACGAAGCCCAUUUGAUAAAAAAUAGGCAAUCGAAGACUGCUAAAGCUUGCUACGAGUUGAAGGCCCAGCAUCGUUGGGUGCUUACGGGCACACCUAUUGUGAAUCGUUUGGAGGACCUUUUCAGCCUUGUUCAUUUUCUCCGUGUUGAGCCGUGGGCCAAUUUCUCGUUCUGGAAGACGUUCAUUACCGUACCAUUUGAAUCCAAAGAGUUCAUACGUGCCCUUGAUGUUGUCCAAACGGUACUUGAGCCGCUAGUAAUGCGACGGACAAAAGACAUGCGAACCCCGGACGGGGAAGCUCUUGUACCAUUGCCGCCUCGAAUCAUUGACAUCCAGGAAAUUGAGCUUUCUAAACAGGAGAGAGAAGUCUACGAUUAUAUUUAUACGCGUGCUAAGCGAGCAUUCAACGCUACCAUGGAAGCAGGUACCUUGCUAAAAUCAUAUACAACUAUCUUCGCUCAGAUCCUGCGUCUCAGACAGUCAUGCUGCCACCCAGUGCUGACGCGCAACAAGGCGAUCGUAGCCGAAGAGGACGAAGCUGCCGCUGCAGCAGAUGUUGCAAAUGGUCUGGCCGAUGACAUGGAUCUACAAGAGCUUAUUGAAAGAUUUACCAGUGAAUCUGGCGGCAGCGAGCAAGACAUUGCCAACAAGUAUGGAGCUAACGUUCUCCAAGAUAUCAAAUCUCAAGAAGACAAAGAAUGUCCUAUCUGCUCUGAAGAACCCAUGAUCGAGCCAGCCGUAACAGGCUGCUGGCAUAGUGCCUGCAAAAAGUGUCUCCUGGACUACAUCGAGCACCAGAAAGACAAAGAUACCCUCCCACUUUGCUUCAAUUGCCGUGAGCCUAUCAAUCAACGUGACAUCUUCGAAGUCGUAUACCAUGAAGACGACGAGCCCAGCUUCGACCGGCCGCAAGGAGAAAAUCACAUUUCACUCCGCCGCAUCGGCAACAACUCCUCUGCUAAGAUCGCCGCCCUAGUCUCCCAUCUCAAAAGCCUCCGCAUCGAGUCUCCUGGCACCAAAACUGUUGUCUUCUCCCAGUUCACCUCCUUCCUCGACCUGAUUGCACCAGCCCUCUCCACAGCAAAGAUCCCUUGGCUAAGGUUCGAUGGCGCGAUGACUCAAAAGGCCCGUGCCCAGGUGUUGGUCAACUUCUCGGAGGCCAUGCCGAUGAAGGGUGGCAACGGCAUGGUCUUACUGCUGUCUUUGAGGGCAGGAGGCGUGGGGCUGAACUUGACCGCGGCAAAGAGGGUGUAUAUGAUGGAUCCGUGGUGGAGUUUUGCGGUCGAGGCGCAGGCGAUUGAUCGGGUGCAUAGAAUGGGGCAAGAGGAGGAGGUGAAGGUGACGAGGUUUAUUGUGGGGGGCAGUAUUGAGCAGAGGAUGUUGAAGGUACAGGAGAGGAAGAAGUUUAUAGCGAGUAGCCUAGGUAUGAUGAGUGAGGAAGAAAAGAAGACGCAGAGGAUUGAGGACAUUAAGGAGUUGUUGAGCUGA